CAGCCCCAGAAACGCGCCUCUCACUCGGCCUGCUGAGGAGCGGCGGCCCGGAAACAUGGAGGAGACGCUGCAGGGGAAGCACGCUGUGGUGACAGGGGCAGGGAAAGGCAUCGGCAGAGCGGCGGCUCUGGCUCUGGCCCGCUGCGGGGCAAAGGUCACCGCUGUCACACGCACGCAGGCUGACCUGGACAGCCUGGUGCAGGAGUGCCCGGCCAUCGCCCCGGUGUGUGUGGACCUGGCGGACUGGGCGGCCACCGAGGCGGCGCUGCGGGACGUCGGCCCCGCCCACCUGCUGGUCAACAACGCCGCCUGCGCCAGCCUGCAGCCGUUCCUGGAGGUCACGGAGGAGCAGUUCGACCGGGCCUUCAGUGUGAACGUGAAGGCGGUGCUGCACGUGUCCCAGAUCGUGGCUCGAGGAAUGAAGGAGAGGAAACAUGGCGGCUCCAUCGUCAACGUGUCCAGCCAGGCGUCGCAGUGCGCCCUGAGAGACCACGCCGUCUACUGCGCCACGAAGGGGGCCGUGGACAUGCUGACUAAAGUCAUGGCUCUGGAGCUGGGACCACACCAGAUCCGAGUCAACGCCGUCAAUCCCACCGUGGUGCUGACGGACAUGGGCCGUGUGGGCUGGAGCGACCCGGAGAAGGCCCGGACCAUGACGUCCCGCAUCCCGCUGGGCCGCUUCGCAGAGGUGGAGGAGGUGGUGAACAGCAUCCUCUUCCUGCUGAGCGAUAAGAGCUCCAUGAUCAGCGGCGUGACGCUGCCGGUGGACGGAGGCUUCCUGGCCUGCUGAGGACCUGAGGAACGCCUCCACCCGACUCCCCUCCGUCAGCUCGCAGCCUGUUACAUGUUCUGAUCGUUUUCAAAUUAUUGGAAAAGAAUCACUUUUCUACCGUCAACACUAGCACAUGCUAGCAGAAAGCCGCGGCUUUCUGCUAGCAUGUGCUAGCGUUGACGGUGGAUUUAUCACUUUAACUCAUUUUGAUGAAACACACUUCAAAAUAAAAGCAU